AAGAAGUAACACCUCGACAAGGCUCGCUCUAACCCUGUGGUGUGUUUGUAACAGUGAAACAGAACACACACGUUGUGGCAUCCAGAACAACAGAGGCUCUAUCAUGUUCAUCUUUAUGAUUCUGGGUCUGCUGGCUGGCAUCCAGGCACAAGUGACUCCUGUGUUUGUGAGGACAGGAACAGAUUUACGUCUGGAAGUGAAGAAACCUGUUGUUCUGAAGGAGGCAGAUUUAUUUACAUGGAAGGUCAAUGGCAGUGUUAAUGUUGUGAGACUAGCUCAUGGUGGUAAACCAAUUAUUUCCCCAAAUUAUACAUCAAGAGCAGAAUUGUCUGCACAAAAUCACUCUCUACUGUUAAAGAACGUACAAAAGAGGGACAGUGGAGUUUACAGAGCAAGUGUUACUGCUGACAAAGACAUCACUGUAGCUGAAUACAGCGUCACAGUUCUGGAUCCAGUGUCUGGAGUGAAGCUGACAGUGAAACGAGAGCGAGCAGAGAUCAUCACACCUGGUGCUUCUCUGGACGUCUACCUGGAGAACGGCUCAGCCAUCUGUAACCAUGGCAACCAGGUCAGCUCUACCAGGGACAUCCAAAAGAUUGAAGAUCUUUGUAGAAAGCCUGAAGAGAUAUCUGGGGUUGGUUUCUCUAUCUACAGGCUGAAGAUAUACGUGGUCUCGAUCGGUCUGGUCAUCAUGAUGUGUGCCGUCAUCAGUGUUCACGUCGUAGAGAAGCUUAAGAAGAAAAGAUAA